AUGGAGCAUUCCUCACCACUCGCUGCAAUGCAGCCGCCCUCAAUGAUGUUUGGCCGUUGUUUUGGGAACGAUGCUCCCAAAUUUCGAUCGCUGGGCGGAAUUGGUGGUUUUGGGCCUGGUAGCUUCAAUUUUAAGGACCUUUCUAUGAAGAAGGCUCCUACUUCGGAUUACUUCAAUGUCAAACAAUUCACAGGUCCUUCUCCGGCCGCGAGUUUGGCUGCCGAUUUGUCCCAGAAUUUUCACAUCGACCAGAGCCCACAACUGGCUACGCCUCGUCGAUCAUUGUUCUCAGCAAACAUCUUUCAUGGACAUGACGAAAUGAUGACCACACCUCCGUUGCCGGCCUCUUCGCCCAUGACGGAUAUUAUGGAGACAUCUCCGCUUCCUCACAAACUCCCAUACACUAUUGCAACGACAGAUGUGGUGCUCCAGUCACCGACACCGGAAUCGGAAACGCCUUCGACCGCUAGCACUAGUACAGGGGGCUCUUUACAAGCAUCACCCAUGGAAGAUGAUUCGCCUGGUGUUCCGCAAGAACGUAUACGCCCACCCCUUCUGCGCCCAUCUUUGCUUCGCACCAAGGCCUACUCUACUCAGACCGGAGUCAACAGACUGGCACCCGAAAGCCAGUGCCCUCCUUUUCAAUUCGGCAGUGGAACCAGCGGCUUGUCCAACUCUAUGUCUCUAGCUGACAUGUUCAAUGAGUCGUCGCCGCCACAGGAUCGAAUGACUGUAAAGAAUUCGUCUUCUAACUUGCUUGGUCCACGCCCAAGACAACCCUUUGGUCGUAACAGUGGUUCUGCAUCUCCAGUGCCUAAUGCUGUCCGUAAGAACGCUUGUGGGAACCCUUUCAUGCGCCCGCGCAAGCAGUGCAGGAGGUCCCUCAGUAUGUUUGAACAUCCAGAGGACAUUGUGCGCCAGAAGCAGCCGGAUAUGGUUCCUGAGCCUACUCUAGCAUCGAUCAUGGACGAAGAGCCUACACAUACUCUUCAACUGCCACACUUCGUACCUGCGGACCAACCUGAUAGUCUCCCUCGUAUUGAAAAGGGCGUAUUGGUCGAUAUUCUGGAUGGAAAGUUCAAGGAUCGUUGCGAAAACGUGAUGAUCAUCGACUGCCGAUUUGAAUAUGAAUACGAAGGCGGACACAUCAACGGAGCUGUGAACUUCAAUGACAAGGAGGUUUUGGCCACCCAGCUCUUUGCCGAUCCCAAACCAGGCACAACUAUUAUUUUCCACUGCGAAUACUCUGCCCACCGGGCUCCCAUCAUGGCGUCCUUUAUCCGCCACAAGGACCGCGCGUUUAACAUUGAACGAUACCCUAACUUGACUUUUCCGGAAAUGUACAUUCUGGACGGAGGAUACAGUGCAUUCUUUGCGCAACAUCGAUCUCUCUGCUAUCCCCAGAACUAUGUGGAAAUGACAUCCAAGGAACACGAAUUUGCUUGCGAACGAGGGCUUGGAAGAGUCAAACAGCGAUCAAAGUUUAUCCGCGCUCAGACAUUUGCUUUUGGACAGCAGUCUCCUCAGAUGGAAGACAGCCCGACAGGACGCUGCCGCAGCAGCAACAACGACCGUGUUCGAGGCCUGGAUUCGCCUUUUGAAGCGCCUGAAGCUGGACGCAUGCCUGGUCGUCGUAUGCUUUCUUAUUAA